UACAAAAUGGAGUGUUGUAUGUUUUGGUGCCAGAUUAUUGGAACGUCGAGUUCUUGGAAAUGUCCUCAAAUUUUCUAAAUUUGUGUUGUAAAUUUAGGCAUUUAGGUUCAAUUAUUAUCCAAUUCUACUUAGUAGUACGUAGAAAUAUUACGUAUAUCAUUGAUUAAUGGUAAAGCUAGGUAAUAACAUUAGGUAAGUUGAGAAUAGGGCCGGUAACAAAAUCUAAAAUGGCCCACAGUAGUUUUAUUGAUUGCGACGACAACAAUAUUUUGAACGACAAUUUUCUAACCACAGUGAAAGUUGAAUUAGAAAAUGGGGUGGUUAACGAUGAUGAAAAUGUGGCCGUGGAAGCACUGGGACAACUUGGUUCUUACGACAUUGGAGUUCAACCAGCCUACCACAUUAAACAGGAAGACGACUAUACUAUAGUGGGAGCGGUGACAAUCGAAGAGUGUAUAGUACCCGAUGUGAACUCAUUUGUGGAGGAAAUAUUUGAACGUCCGCAUAUCUGCGACAUUUGCGAACAACAGUUCAAGUACGAUGAAAUGUUGGUCGAACACAGAAAGAUUCAUAUGCCUGUCGAAAAACCCUACGAAUGUCAUCUGUGCUCUAUGUCUUUCCACAAGAAAUCCAGCCUCAAAAACCACUCACGUGUACACCUGACUAAAAAUGUAAUUAUGACCCAUAGAUUAGUGUCUGAUAAUUUAUGUGAAGAUGUGGUGGGUAAGGACGAAACUAAACUAGUCACCGACGAUAUCCACCCUGAAGAGAUACCUUCGUUUGAGACCCUAAAAGUUUUGAACCCUUGUGAUGUUGGGGAGGAUGAAGAAACUAAACAUUUUUUCCCCGAUAAUGUAGUAGCAUUUGAAGAGUGGGCACCCAUCGGUCCCAACUCUGAUACCCAACCGGUUUUGGGGACAGUGGAGGAAUGUGUGGGUACUGUGGAGGAAGUUUGUGACAACAGUAGCACCCUACAGGAGUUGAUUGUGGCUGAACCGUUGCCUGUUGAGUAUGGUGAAACUAGUUCGACUAACAAGGAGAAUGACAGUUUGGAGAACAACAAGUUCAAACCGUAUUCGUGUCCGUAUUGUCAACGAUCGUUUGCUAGGGAGAAAGCGUUGUUCAAUCAUGUACGUAUACACAAUGAUAACUAUGACGAGUGUUUGGAGAAGUUGGUGAAAAAACAGCAGGUGAAAAGUGUUGGCGAGGAAGAGGGGGGAGUGGUGUUGAAAGCCAACCAAAUCAAGAUUGAAGUUUGCGACGGGGCAGGUGGUGAACGGGCCAAGCCUCACGUGUGUCCCAUCUGCAACCGGGGCUUUGCCAGGGAAAAGGCGCUAGCCAACCAUGUGCGCAUCCACAACGACAACUACGAGCCGGGCCUGCAGUGCCAGACUUGUCACAACGAGUUCAAGGACGUGGCGGCGUUGAGGAGGCACGCGCCCCUGUGCGAGAGGGCGCUCAUGGCACUGCAGACGGCCGACGACGAAGGCGCCUGUGACAUCAAGUACUUGGAUUCCGACGCUGCUGUCAAGCAGGAGAUGAGCAAUAAUGAUCCGCUCCCAGGAGGGGGCAGUGGUGGCAACCACGAGUGUCACAUCUGUAAGAAGCGCUUCAAGACCAGGCAGAAGGUUUUCAGGCACAUGUGGGUGCAUCGGCAGAAACUGCAUUGCUGCGAGAUGUGCAACCUGCAGUUUAGCACGGUGCAACGGCUGGACGAGCAUCGACUAAAAGUGCAUCCAAGUAAUGCACCGUUCAGCUGCGACAAAUGCGGUAAGAGCUUCACCAGCAAACAAGGCCUCACCGAACAUAUGCGACUACAUAGCGGACAGAGUGGGCAGUACUUUUGUGCCGACUGCGAUAAGAGGUUCUCCAGUAGGCAGGGUUUCACGAUUCACGGUAGGAUACAUUCGGGGGAGAGACCGUACCAUUGUGGCUAUUGUAGUAAAUCGUUCAGGGACGGUGGCACGUUGAAAAAGCACGAGAGGAUACAUACCGGUGAACGGCCUCACGAGUGUCCACUUUGCCACAAGUGCUACAACCAGAAGGUUGUGUUGAGAGAACAUAUACGUGCCGUGCACGUGGUCAGGUUGCCAAUGGAUAACGGCGGACAGUGUCCCGUGUGUAGGCUGGACGGCAUGAGACGCGACGAACUGAGCGAACACAUUGUUCGUCACAGCGACGAACUGAAAUGGCAGCGGGGACUGCGUGACGGUCAUAUUCCGCCCCUCGACAUCGUCAAAGCUGCACCGUGUGUCCAAUCUCCCCGUCGUGGCGGACGUAAACGGAAACUGUCCGCAAAACGUUCCUCCGCCGUCGCCUCAGCGAAAAAAGCCACCAAGUCGCCGCGGGAAAAAGCUGUCGCUCCGAAAACGGCGCCUCUGACACCUCCCCCUGUAGAGGAGGAGUCUCCCGUUGAAACUAAUGGAGUCGAAGAGGAGAACACUGAGAAUGACCCGGAGCUGGCAGCAGAGUGUUUGGGGGAACGGUUGUUUGAGUGUGAGAUGUGUCACAUGCACUUCUCCGAUCGCAACGAACUGGUGGCGCAUGUCUUGGUUCAUAUCUAAUAGGGGAAACUGGUCAAUGAGCUAGUAAGUAGGGGAUCUAUAGAGUUGUCCACUAAAAAAAGAAGUCAUUUUCAAUUGAAUUGCCAAGUAAUUAUUCCAUUUCAUUUGAACAGUUGAAAAUAUUGGCAAAUUGUUUACGCUUGACAAAAUUCAUUAGCAACUCUCUCCCAUUGUUGAAAUUAGCCACACUACACAAUUUGUAGUGAAUUCAAGUCUCACUUUUAUUCUCUCCUGCUAAAAAAACAAAUGACACUAUGUAUUUUUCGUUAUUUUGCGGUAGAUCUUGGAUUUCUCUUACCUGACGAAUGAAUCAUAAAAAUUUUACAUCACUGUCACUAAAGCUGGAAGAAAGUUAUCGGAAAAUUUCAGCCUUCUUCUGCCGUGUACAGGGCUAUAAAAAGUAAUGUAAUUUAAUUCAGGAACGAUCUCGUAACUCCGUAUUCUCAUUAAUUUAUCGAAUAAUUUAUUACUUAAAAAUAUGUUCGUUUCAAAAACAUAAUUAUCAUUUCAUCCAGUGCAUGACAUAAUAACUUGGUAUUGUACUUUUCUGUCACAUAGACAUCAACAAUGAUCGUUUUGUAAAUUUUUUCAAACAUUCUAAGAUUCUAUCAAAUCUUUGAUAGUCUUGAACAAUUUCCUAAUAUUCAUAUCUCCUAAUACCUAAUGUUCUGUAUAUUCCGUACAUUUACUACCAAUUCCUUGAAUUGAAAACUUCCAAAAUCUAUUUACUAAUUGAAAAUGUUUGCAAUACUAAUGUCAGUCAUUGUGGCCAUUAUAUUGGCGCAGUUCACAUCAAUUUUUCACAAAAAUUAAAACAUAAAAUAACUUUAGUUGUCAGAAGCUUUUUCUGUUGAGUUUUUACAAUACUAUACACAACUAUUUUUACACUCGUUUUCAUCCAAGUCAUUUUAUGAUGUUUUAAUUGAACUACUUGAUUAAAUGCUGUUUUUUAUCUAUAAAUCGUUAUAGUCAUUGUAAAAUCAUGGCAUUUUCAUGAAAGCCGCAAUGUUUUAAUAGUGGAUUUACAAAUUAAGUGAUUUUACGCUGCACGGGUCAAUCCAGUAUAUUUUUAAUUUAGUCUGAAGCCAUUACUCUUUCUAUGAAAGGUUAGCUGAUUAUUCCUAGUUAAAUUCUAGCAAAUUAUUUUUCUAAUACUGUAAUUAGUGUAAAUAGUUCAUAAUAACUGAAAAUACAUCUAGCUUAUAUUUGCUUUUUAAUAUUUAUUUUCUGUUUCAAUAAUCAUUCUUGUGUUUAUCUCUUUUCUGUAUAGGGCUACUUGUAAUAGGGCUACUGAGAUUUUUUUUUUUUUUUUAUUCUUGUGUUUUCAUUGGAAAACAUUUUACAAAGAUUUUUAUAACUUAUGCAAAACAUAUUUUGAAUUCUAAGAAAUAAUAAUCAUAAACAUAUUUUAAAAUAUUUUUUUUAAUAGGUCGUUAAAAAAUAUUAAAAAUUUUAAUUAGGUCUAUGACUAGGAUAUGGGGGGGGGGUGUGUAAAUCUGAGAUGUUUUUUAUCAUAACCUAAUGUAUCGUUCCUAAUAUUCGUAAAUUUCCUGCUUGUGCCUGAUUUGUGUUUAAAAUAUUUUUGUUGUUCAAAUCCUAGUGAUUCCUCCACUUCUGCUCCAUUUCUGAUGCAUUAUUAGCUAAGAUUCAAUAAAUCAACUAACUUAUUAUUGUUAUUGCUCUUGCUUCGUCCAGCCAAGAUAAUCAUGCACCAAGCAAUUGAUGUUGCAAUAUUUUCAAAUUUACAUAAUAAUUGUUAUUGUUAGCCUAUUUACAAUUCUUUAAAAAAAUAUUUCUGAAAUCUAAUUAGUUGUAAUAACCUAUCAGAGGUGCCUUGGCGUUUUAUUCACGGGGAAUAUAUUCUAAGUAAAAUGAUCAUUUUUCAUAGUUUAAUAAUUCUUAUUAUACAAUAUAAAUUUACAUUGUUUCUCUUUUAGAGUGGUCACAAAAAAUGUUUUUACGACUUAUCUUUUAUUCAGAAAAGCAAUACUGAAACCAGGGACUUGUUGCGUGUUAAUAUAUUAGAAUCACAACUAUAAUAAUAUUAGGAUGAAAAUUUUGUUGUAUAGUGAAUAGAAGUUUUGAAUGAGUUAUUUAAAAAUACAGCCUCAAUGUUAUAAAAUUAUCGCCAACCAAUAAUUUUUACGUUGUAUGAUAUUGAAAUAUUUAAUAGAUUGUAUUAUACUCAUUAUUUAUAACUAUUAGUAAUUUGUAUAUAAUAUCCGUAAUUUCAAUUAUAUAAGGAAAUACUAGAGAGUUUUAAUAUAUUCCAAUAUUGUCUCGCAACCAUAAUAUUAAGAAAAUAAGCCAGUAUAAAUAUAUAAUACUCUAUUACAAGCGAAGCCGAUUAUCAGUAAUUAUAUCGAAUAGGAAUUUCUUGUAGAUUUUCAAAUUCUUGAGUGUUUUAUCACUCUCGAGUUAUGUAAAACUUGAGUGUCUUAAACUAUUAUUAUUAUAUAUUUUAGAAGAGAUAUUAGAUAAUUUUCCUGCAAAAAAUUUAACCAUCCUAUAACAUAUUUAUUUAUGUUAAUUUAGGGACGUGUUUGUUUGUAAAUGAUUUUCAAGAACGAUUUUGAGCUGAAUGUUUUAUGCAUUGAAACUAUUUUGGGUAUGUAAGAAUGAUGAAGAAGAAUUAUAAUCAUAUUGUUAGACUCUAGCCUGAGAUUUUAAAAAAAUGCAGAGUUGUUUUGGUUAUA